GCUCGCCAAGGGAUCGAGGGAGGGAGGCGUCGGUGAGCGUCGGGGAGGGGAGCGAACCGUAACAUCCGAGCUGUUCCAAUGGCGACCCCUGCCGCUGUUGCUGUCGUCUCCGGCGCUUUGCUGGGGCGGUGGUAGCGCUGGAGGUAUACCUGUGUACUGCAGCGGACGGAGGAGUACUAGGUUGGUAGGUGGUUGUAGCUUUGCGCGUGACCCGGGCGCGCGCUCGCUCUCAGGCUUAGCAGCUCGUGUGCUCUCGCUCGCUUGCGUGCGCCGGGAAGGCAGUGGGUGGCUGGUCGGUUCUCGCGAGGGUGGAGGUGUACUGGUGUUGGUGGUGGUGCUCCUCCUCCGGUUGAUGAGCAUGGGGCAUUGCUCCGAGCAGCGGCCCGGUUUCGAGGUGACCAAGGACUGGAACGGCGCCGACCAGGUCGCGAUCCGGUCGCCCCGGGGGGCCUCCGUCCGGGUCUGCCUGCACGGCGGGCAGGUCGUCUCGUGGAAGAACGACCGCGGCGAGGAGCUUCUCUUCACUAGCAGCAAGGCAAUCUUCAAGCCGCCAAAAGCGACACGCGGUGGAAUUCCAAUAUGCUUCCCACAGUUUGGAAACUGUGGAACAUUGGAGCAGCAUGGAUUUGCAAGGAACAAGAUAUGGACAAUAGAUGAAGAGGCUCCACCACUAAAUUAUGGUGAUAACAACAACAAAGCUUCUGUUGACCUUCUGCUAAAGCCAUCUGAAGAUGACCUGAAGUGUUGGCCACACUGUUUCGAGUUACGUCUCAGAGUCUCUCUUUCAAUGGAUGGAGACCUUUCGCUGAUAUCACGUGUCAGGAAUGUUAAUGGGAAGCCAUUCAGUUUCGCAUUUGCUUAUCAUACUUAUCUUUCUGUUUCUGACAUCAGUGAAGUGAGGAUAGAAGGUCUGGAGACCCUUGAUUAUCUUGACAACCUUAGCCAGCGAGAACGUUUUACCGAACAAGGAGAUGCUAUAACAUUUGAAUCUGAGGUUGAUCGAGUCUAUGUUGGCUCCCCAGGCGUAAUUGCUGUUCUUGACCAUGAGAAGAAACGCACAUUCAUCAUACGAAAAGAGGGGCUCCCUGAUAUUGUUGUGUGGAACCCCUGGGAGAAGAAGUCGAAGACGAUGGCGGACUUCGGCGAUGACGAGUACAAGCAGAUGCUCUGCGUGGACGCGGCCGCGGUAGAGCGGGCCAUCACGCUGAAGCCCGGCGAGGAGUGGACGGGGAAGCUGGAGCUCUCCGCCGUGCCGUCGACCAACUGCAGCGACCACCUGGACCACCCGGGCAGGCUGUAGUAGAGCCCCCCCCGAGGCCUGAGCCUGAGCUCGCUCGCCCCUGACGAAAGGCAUGUACUACUUUUUUUCAAUGUUUGUACAUGGGGGCGCUAGGUCCAGCCCUGCUGGCUGCAGUAUUUUCAGCCUGCCAGCUGUUGAGUUUAAACUUAUGUCAGAUGCAAGUAUUGCUGUAAUCGACAUGGUUCCCGUUCCCGCAAUGUGAUGUCUCAAUAGUUUAUAUGCUUCU